GUCUACGGGGGGGGGCUUUUCACUCAACCACUGAGGGAAAGGGGGACUUGAAGCAGCAGCCACCCCUCUGGAAGAGUAAGUGGGGUGGGUGAGUGAGGGCAAAAAGUAGAUCCAUGUGUCCCCAUGGUGAGGUCAGGUUCCAGACCUCUGCUGACCCUGUUUCCUCUUACAGCAUUACCAUGCUGGUCCUGGUAUAUGAAACAUGUUUUGUGUCUCCUUUUGGCUGCUGCUUUUGCCCCUGCAUUCACUCCCAUCUUGAACCUUCCCCUCUCCCCACCCUGGGCCACAGCACCCCCAAGCAGGCGGACCUGUGUGUUCUUUGAGGCCCCUGGAGUGCGGGGAAGCACAAAGACACUGGGGAAGCUGCUAGAUGCAGGACCAGGGCCUCCCAGGGUUAUCCGCUGCCUCUACAGCCGCUGCUGUUUUGGGAUCUGGAACCUGACCCAAGACCAGGCACAGGUGGAGAUGCAAGGAUGCCGAGACAGUGAUGAGCCAGACUGUGAGUCCCCGCACUGUGACCUGAGCCCCCGAGCCCACCCCAGCCCGAGGUCCACUCUCUUCACCUGCUCGUGUGGCACUGACUUCUGCAAUGCCAAUUACAGUCAUCUGCCUCCUCCAGGGAGCCCUGGGACUCCUGGCUCCCACGGUCCCCCCACCGUCCCAGGCGAGUCCAUCUGGAUGGCGCUGGUACUGCUGGGACUAUUCCUGUUCCUCCUGCUGGGCAGCAGCAUCCUGGCCCUGCUACAGCGAAAGUCCUGCAGAGUGCAGGGUGGGUCAACGCCAGAGCCAGAGCCAGAGCCAGAGCCAGAGCUGGAAUCAGGCAGGGACUGGAGUGCUGAGCUGCCCGAGCUGCCCGAGCUGUGUUUCUCUCAGGUCAUCUGGGAAGGAGGUCAUACAGUGGUGUGGGCUGGACAGCUGCAAGGCAAACUGGUAGCCAUCAAGGCCUUUUCCCGGAGGGCUGUGGCCCAGUUCCAAGCCGAGAGAGCGUUGUACGAGCUGCCAGGCCUACAGCACGACCACGUUGUCCGCUUUAUCACCGCCAGCAGAGGGGGCCCUGGGCCCCUGCCCUGUGGGCCCCUGCUGGUACUGGAAUUGCACCCGAAGGGCUCCCUGUGCCACUACUUGACCCAGCACACCAGUGACUGGGGAAGUUCCGUGCGGAUGGCACUGUCUCUGGCGCGGGGCCUGGCAUUCCUCCAUGAGGAGCGCUGGCAGGAUGGCCAAUAUAAACCAGGGAUCGCCCACCGAGAUCUGAGCAGCCAGAAUGUGCUCAUUCGGGAAGAUGGGUCAUGUGUCAUUGGAGACCUAGGCCUCGCCUUGGUGCUCCCUGGCCUCGCCCAGCCUCCCACCUGGGCCCCUACUCAACCCCGAGGCCCUGCUGCCAUCAUGGAGGCUGGCACCCAGAGGUACAUGGCACCAGAGCUCUUGGACAAGACUCUGGACCUACAGGACUGGGGCACGGCCCUCCGACAAGCCGAUGUGUACUCUCUGGCUCUGCUCCUCUGGGAGAUCCUGAGCCGCUGCCCAGAUCUGUGGCCGGACAGCAGACCACCACCCUUCCAGAUGGCCUAUGAGGCAGAACUGGGUAGCACUCCUAGCACCUGUGAGCUGUGGACCUUGGCGGUAGAGGAGAGAAGGCGGCCCUGCAUCCCACCCACUUGGCACGGCUUCACCACAGACCCUGGCGGCCUGAGAGAGCUGCUGGAGGACUGUUGGGAUGCGGACCCAGAAGCAAGGCUGACGGCAGCAUGUGUUCAGCAGCGUCUGGCCGCCCUGGCCCAUCCUCAGGAGGCCUGCCCCUUCCCAGAGAGCUGUGCCCAAGGCAGCCCACCUCUCUGUCCAGAAGCCUGCCUCUCAGGCCCUCCCCAUGGCCAUCCCCCCUUGUAGGCCUCAGUGGAACGUCUGCUACUUUAGCCUCCAGCAAGGCCUUUGUUCCGGGGGUCCUCCCACAUUGUGUCUCACCUGUAAAUGUGCAACUUAUGUAU